AAUGAACCCAACUUCCUCCCUCAGUGUGACCUGGUGCUAGAUGCAGCCCACAGAAAGAGCCCAGAGCCGAGCAUAGCUCCCAGGAAAGAGGAUAUUGUGGAGAGCAUUAUAUUCAAGGCCUCAGAUGUCGUAGUGGUGACCUUCAAAGAUGUGGACCUGAAUUUUGCCAGGAAAGUCCCCUCUGACACAGACAACUUCACAGAUGCUGCAGUGAGCGGUAAGAUCAAUGGCGAGCAUAAAGAGAAGGAUCUAGAGCCCUGGGAUGGAGGAGAGACCCACAACUCUGACAGCCUGGAGUCUCUGGACACCGAUGUCUCAAAUGGGUGGGACCCCAAUGACAUGUUUAAAUACAACGAGGAGAAGUAUGGAGUGUUGUCUACAUAUGACAGCAGCCUGUCCACAUACACGGUCCCCCUGGAGAGGGACAACUCAGAAGAGUUCCUCAAGAGGGAGGCGCGUGCGGCCCAGCUGGCCGAGGAGAUCGAGGGCAGCGCCACAUACAAGGCCCGCGUGGCCUUAGAGAACGAUGAGCGCUCUGAGGAGGAGAAGUAUACUGCUGUGAUGAGAGGGGAUCGGGAGACCCACUCACUGAGCAGAGAGAACAAGUACAUUCCUCCGGGUCAGAGGAGCAGGGAGACGAUGUCCUGGGGCCCGGGACGUCAGAACCCAUCUCGCCUGGCUCAGAGCUCAGCGGGCCCCUCGGCUCCUCGAGCAGGACCUCACGACUACAGUCCCAGCGCCGGGGCGGACCAGAGGGUGGUUAACGGAGGUUCAUCCCAUUGGCACUCACCCUGUCCGUCUCCUUCCUCCCGCCCCCCCCCUCGUUACCAGUCUGGCCCCUCCUCCCUGCCUCCUAGGGUGACCACGCCCACCAGGCCACCCUCCAGACCCCCCUCUCGACCUUCCAGGCCUUCCUCUCAUUCAUCCCACCCCUCCUAUCCCUCCUCCUCAUCCUCCUUUUCCCACCAUGGGCCUACGUCACCAGCCUCCACUCUGCCCAAACGCAUGUCUUCAGAAGGCCCACCCAGGAUGUCUCCUAAAUCCCAGCGGACGCCUCGUUCUCACAGAGCGCCACCCUGUAGGACCACCGGAGGGGAUUUCAUUUCCCACAAUGCUCCUGGAGAGGUCCCAGUGACUCCACCAACCAGGAGCAGCUCCUCUGGAGGGACAUGGUCCUCUGUGGUUAGCGGAGCUCACAGACCUCGCUCCCCCCGACAGAAUAAUAUGGGUGGAGCCUCUUCUGGCUCCUCCUCCCUCCCAGCAGCCCAGACAGGAGCUGCUCCUGUGGAAACCGUUUCUACAGCAACAUCAGCUUCCUCUCCUAAUGCUGCUAGCCCCGCCCCCAACAUGGUCACCUCUUCUUCGGCAGAUGCAAAAGACUGUCGCGUCCAAGAGACAAGACAGACAUCCCCCACGGCUAACAAGGAGAACAUCAAGCCCUUGGACAGCUCACCUAGUGUCGCCAGACCAGUCUGUAAAGGACCCCCUUCUAUGGCACCAGACCACAGAAAACAAAUAGAUAAUUUAAAGAAAUUCAGUGUCGAUUUUAGGUUGCAGUCUAGUUCAAACUCAGACCCUGCCUUUGACCCGAUGAUGACCAAGCCCCCCAGAGAUCCAGCAGACAAGCCGAAAGAUCUUCCCAUGGACAAAGCCUCCUCAGUGGGGCGGGAGGGCCCUGAAGACGGUGUUGCUGGUGGAGCACCUGCUCCAUCCACCACAAACGCCAGUAAGCCUGGCAGCCCUGCUGCUCUGUCCCCGUCCCCCUCAGCCCCCGACCAGAAGAGGGCGGGGCUUGAUAUGGCAUCACAGGGAGUCCAGACCAACGCCACGUCCUCAUUCAGCGGAGCCAAGCAUGAAGAGAAGGAGGAGAAAAAGGAGGCCGUACAAGAUCAAGUGAGAAAAUCAACUCUGAACCCGAAUGCCCAUGAGUUCAAACCCAGGUUUAACACGCAGUCCAAACCAGCCAACACCCCAACGCCCCCCCGGCCUCAGGGCCAGCCCAGCCCCUCCAUCGUGGUGCAGCAGCCCCCCGCUGUCUACGGACAGACGGUGUGCUUCCCCCAGAUGUAUCCCCUCACACCAGUCAGCCCCGGAGUGCAGAAAAGCAUAAUAUGGAAGGUUUGUGAAUUUUUUUUAAUCCUUUUGUUUUUUAAAAGCCCAAUCUGUCUUAAGAUGUUUUUCUUGCUUGUUCAAAUAAUGCCAUCAGAUGUUGGUUUGCCAACUUCUUAUUGCAAUCCAUUCUAAACUGUCAUCACGGAUAGACUUUGGUUCACCCGUUUAUCACAUGGCUGUCAGCUCAUAGGAGUUUGAGCCUCUUUGUUUAUGCUGCAGCACUGUUUGUAAAAUAAAGGUAAUGUUACAGGAAUGGGAGAUGACAAAUAGAGUUUGGGUCACCUUUUUCUGAACAAUAAGAGACGGGCAUAGAAAAUGCAUGUGGCCCCAGGUAAGGUGCACAUACAUUGGGGCAAAAAAGUAUUUAGUCAGCCACCAAUUGUGCAAGU